GGCAGGCGGGGCCAAACCGCGCAUGCGCGAUGCUGUUGCAGUUCUCUUACUGCUGUUGCGUUGCAAAAAAAAAGAAAAAAAAGCCUUGAGUAGGUCGCCUUGGACCUUUUCUGUGGUAGACUCUAAAGGACAGAGAAAGAUCUCUGCAACUGAAGGGGCAGUCGGGUAGUAUUAAAUUUAAGAUAUUAACACCCGCCGUGGCUUACAGGAAUGUGGGUAUUGGGUUGAUGGGCUUUAGCGCUGAUAGCUUAAGAGUAUAAAAACCAUUCGUUUCGGCGGCAGGCAUUUGCAGGUCCUACUUUGUGCGUAAUUCUACCCUUACUACUGACUGGUUUAAACACGACCCCUGAACAGUAUUGAUAAACCCGCAGCCCCUCCUCGCAGCGCGUAGGAGCCGCCAGCACGCCUAGCAGCGGGUCUUCCCCGCGCCUUCGGGAGAGCCCAGCGCGUGGCGCGCCCCACCCGCGCCCUCCCGCCCGGCGCCCCGCACUCGCAGGGAUUGUUUUGUCCGCGCCGCCGCCGCCGCCGCCGCCGCCGCCGCCGCCGCCGAGGAGCAGCAGCGCUUGUGCAAACCGGGAAGAUGGCGGCCGGCGGCGGCGGAGGCAGCAGCAAGGCCUCCUCCUCGUCGGCCUCUUCGGCAGGGGCUCUGGAGUCCUCGCUGGAUCGAAAGUUCCAGUCUGUAACCAACACGAUGGAAUCCAUUCAAGGCCUGUCGUCCUGGUGUAUAGAGAACAAGAAACACCACAGCACCAUCGUGUACCACUGGAUGAAGUGGCUGCGGAGAUCUGCAUAUCCCCACCGUUUAAAUCUCUUCUACCUUGCCAAUGAUGUGAUACAGAACUGUAAAAGGAAAAAUGCAAUCAUAUUUCGUGAGUCGUUUGCUGACGUCCUUCCUGAAGCAGCUGCUCUUGUGAAGGACCCAUCUGUGUCUAAGUCUAUAGAACGCAUCUUUAAAAUCUGGGAAGACAGAAAUGUAUACCCCGAAGAAAUGAUCAUGGCAUUGAGAGAAGCUUUGAGUACCACUUUCAAAACUCAGAAGCAGCUGAAAGAAAAUCUGAACAAACAACCGAAUAAGCAGUGGAAGAAAUCACAAACAUCUACGAAUCCAAAAGCUGCUCUCAAGUCUAAAAUAGUUGCUGAAUUUCGAUCUCAGGCCCUCAUUGAAGAACUGUUGCUCUACAAGCGCUCAGAAGAUCAGAUAGAAUUGAAGGAGAAACAGUUGUCAACUAUGAGGGUGGAUGUGUGCAGCACAGAAACUCUGAAAUGCUUAAAAGAUAAAACAGGGGGAAAGAAGUUUUCCAAAGAAUUUGAAGAGGCAAGCUCUAAACUGGAAGAAUUUGUGAACGGAUUAGAUAAGCAGGUGAAAAAUGGACCCUCACUAACAGAAGCCCUGGAGAAUGCUGGAAUUUUCUAUGAAGCACAGUACAAAGAAGUAAAAGUGGUGGCUAAUGCAUACAAAACCUUUGCUAACCGUGUAAACAAUUUAAAGAAGAAAUUGGAUCAGUUAAAGUCAACCCUUCCUGAUCCUGAAGAAUCCCCAGUCCCUUCACCAAGCAUGGACGCUCCUUCCCCAACUGGUUCUGAGUCUCCGUUUCAAGGAAUGGGAUGUGAGGAGUCCCAGUCACCAACUGUGAGGAGUGAGAAAUCUGUCACACCCGAACCUGUGACAGACAAUCGUGAUGUGGAAGACAUGGAGCUGUCAGAUGUGGAAGAUGAUGGGUCCAAAAUCAUUGUGGAAGACAGGAAGGAUAAACCUGUAGAGAAGACAGCGAUCUCCACUUCUGUACCUACAAAGCCAACGGAAAGUAUCUCAAAGGCCUCUUCGUGUGCUCCUGUGCCUGUGACCAUGACAGCAACCUCACCUCUUCCAAAGCCUGUGAAUACGUCUCUUCUGUCCCCUUCCCCAGCUUUGGCAUUGCCAAACCUGGCUAAUGUGGAUCUAGCAAAGAUCAGUUCCAUUCUUAGCAGCCUGACUUCAGUCAUGAAAAAUACUGGGGUCAGUCCUGCAUCAAGACCCUCUCCGGGAACUCCCACCAGCCCCAGCAACCUCACCAGUGGCCUGAAAACACCUGCACCUGCCACAGCCACACCUCACAACCCUCUGGCAAACAUCCUCUCAAAGGUGGAAAUCACCCCUGAGAGCAUUCUGUCUGCUCUUUCCAAAACUCAGACACAGUCAGCCCCUGCACUGCAAGGCCUGUCAUCUUUACUACAGAGUGUUACUGGGAACCCAGCUCCAGCCAGUGAAGCUACAUCCCAGAAUACUUCAGCCUCCCCUGCCAACACCACAGUCUCUACUCUAAAAGCAAGAAAUGUGCCCUCCAGUACCCAAUCUUUUAUUCCCAAAAGUUUCAACUAUUCUCCCAAUUCAUCAGCUUCUGAAGUCUCUUCAACGUCAGCCAUCAAGGCAUCAAUGGGGCAAAGCCCAGGGCUUCCAAGCACUACUUUUAAACUACCAUCCAGCUCACUAGGGUUUUCUGGCACCCACAAUACUAGCUCUGCAGCCCCACCUACUGAAGUUGCCAUGUGCCAAUCUUCAGAGAGCUCCAAGCCAAAGCUGGAGUCAGAGUCCACCUCCCCAAGUCUGGAAAUGAAGAUCCACAACUUCUUAAAAGGUAAUCCUGGUUUCAGUGGCUUAAAUUUAAACAUCCCAAUCCUGAGCAGUUUGGGAUCCAGUGCCCCGUCAGAGAGCCACCCCUCAGACUUCCAGCGUGGCCCUACUAGCACCUCAAUCGACAACACUGAUGGAACCCCUGUACGGGAUGAACGGAGUGGGACUCCCACCCAGGAUGAGAUGAUGGACAAGCCCACAUCCAGCAGUGUAGAUACUAUGUCCCUGCUUUCUAAGAUCAUUAGCCCUGGUUCCUCAACACCCAGCAGUACAAGAUCUCCACCCCCUGGGAGAGAUGAAAGCUACCCUCAGGAGCUCUCCAAUUCUGUAUCUACAUAUCGACCCUUUGGCCUGGGCAGUGAAUCUCCCUAUAAGCAGCCUUCUGAUGGAGUGGAGAGACCAUCUUCUCUGAUGGACUCUUCACAGGAAAAGUUCUAUCCAGAUACUUCUUUCCAAGAAGAUGAGGACUAUCGAGAUUUUGAGUAUUCAGGGCCUCCACCCUCUGCUAUGAUGAACCUAGAGAAGAAACCAGCCAAAUCUAUCCUGAAGUCAAGCAAGCUUUCUGAUGCCACCGAGUACCAGCCAAUCCUGUCCAAUUAUAGCCACAGGGCCCAAGAGUUUGGAGUAAAGUCUGCUUUCCCUCCAUCGGUAAGGGCCCUCCUGGACUCUAAUGAGAACUGUGACCGUCUCUCAUCUUCCCCUGGGCUAUUUGGUACCUUCAGCAUAAGAGGGAAUGAAGCUGGGUCUGACCGGUCACCAUCACCGAGUAAGAAUGAUUCAUUUUUUGCCCCUGACUCCAACCACAAUAGCUUAUCUCAGUCUGCCACUGGGCAUCUCAGUUUGCCACAGCAGUACCCAGACUCUCCUCACCCAGUCCCACAUCGUUCCCUUUUCUCUCCGCAGAAUACCCUUGCUGCUCCCACGGGCCACCCACCCACAUCAGGCGUGGAAAAAGUCCUGUCCUCCACCAUUUCCACCACAUCGACGAUUGAGUUUAAGAAUAUGCUUAAAAACGCCUCUCGAAAGCCCUCAGAUGAUAAGCAUUUUGGCCAAACCCCAAACAAGGGCACUUCAAGUGAUGGUGUCAGUCUGUCAAAUCUCGCCCAGCCCAGCCUUCCCACCUCUGAUCAGCAGCAGCAAGAAGAGCACUACCGCAUAGAAACCCGCGUCUCCUCUUCCUGCUUAGACUUGCCCGAUAGCACCGAAGAAAAGGGGGCCCCCAUAGAAACUUUGGGUUAUCAUAACGCAGCCAAUAGGAGGAUGUCAGGGGAGCCAAUACAGACCGUAGAGUCCAUCCGAGUUCCUGGGAAGGGAAAUAGAGGACAUGGGCGUGAGGCUUCAAGGGUGGGUUGGUUUGAUCUGAGCACAUCAGGCAGCUCUUUCGACAAUGGUCCCUCAAGUGCCUCUGAGUUGGCAACCCUUGGGGGUGGGGGCACCGGAGGACUCACUGGCUUUAAAACACCCUACAAGGAACGGGCAUCCCAGUUUCAGGAGAGUGUCAGCAGCUUUCGUUCCAACAGCUUCAACUCAACAUUUGAGCACCAUCUCCCCCCAGCCCCCUUGGAACAUGGGACACCCUUCCAGAGAGAGCCAGUGGGGCCAUCGUCUGCCCCACCUGCCCCUCCUAAGGAUCACGGUGGUAUCUUCUCUCGAGAUGCACCUGCUCAUCUGCCCUCUGUGGAUCUUUCGAACCCUUUCACAAAAGAGGCAGCCUUGGCCCAUGCUGCCCCACCGCCUCCUCCUGGAGAGCACAGUGGAGUUCCUUUCCCUGCCCCACCCCCUCCUCCACCCCCUGGGGAACAUAGCAGUGGUGGGAGUGGUGUCCCCUUUGCUACUCCACCACCUCCUCCACCCCCUGUUGACCACUCUGGGGUCGUACCCUUCCCAACCCCACCACUGGCAGAGCAUGGGGCUGUGGCAGUAUUUCCCAAGGACCAUAGUUCCCUUCUUCAAGGGACCUUGGCUGAGCAUUUUGGCGUACUCGCAGGACCCAGGGAUCACGGGGCACCCCCUCAACGGGACCUCAACAGCCCUGGCCUUAGCCGUGUGCGGGAAAGCUUGAGCCUACCCUCCCAUCCUCUGGAGCACCUGGGCCCAGCCCUUGGUGGAGGAGGUGGGGGGGGCAGCAGCAGCAGUGGCCCCCCCUUGGGUCCCUCACACAGAGACACGAUCAACCGGAGUGGUAUGAUUUUACGGAGUCCCUGGCCAGACUUUCGCCCCAGGGAACCUUUUCUCAGCAGAGACCCAUUCCACAGUUUAAAGAGACCCAGGCCACCUUUUGCUAGGGGCCCUCCGUUCUUUGCACCAAAACGCCCAUUCUUCCCUCCCAGGUACUGAUGGAAACCAAGGGAAAAGCAUUUGGAGCAGUCUAGAGAGCCUGGGAAGUAGGAGUUUGGUUUGUUGUUGUUGUUGUUGUUGUUGUUUUCCCUCCCUUGCUUUAUUUUUUAUUAUGGUAAGGGCCUGCCUUCCAAAUUGAGGUUAUACAUGCCUCCAUUUCACUAUUCCAUCAAAUCCUUCCUCCCACCUCACUUACUGCCUUCCCCAGGUUGAUUGUAUUUGAGGGGAAGAAAAAAAACCCCAACUAGAGUCACUUCAUUUGGCUGGGGGGUUGGGGAAUGGAGAAGAAAAACAAUAUUUUAUCCCCAUCUAUUGAAGACUUUACUACAUUUGAAAUAAAACUUCCAUCAGUACAGAUGAUACCAUGUGCAAUGUUGGGGUGUUAUUUUGGGCUUCCCUAACCAGUAGUCAAUGGAAGGUUUCUGUGUCCUGCCCUCUCAAGCUUGGUGAUCGCUGUAACCAGGGUGGCUCCCUCCCCUGUGCUCUGCACUGCUGACAGCCAAGAGGUGGGAAGCAUGGGAGACCUUGGGUCUGUCAGGCCUGCUUGUUUUGGCUUUUUUUUAAAGGCAUAUUGAAGUUCCUUACCCUUCACCUAACAUCUUAAUGUUUUUUAAGUCAGCCUCUUCCUCCAUAGACUAUCUGGCAAUAACUUUGAGGCAUUUUCAGUAGAAAUUUUCUUUGUCCUUGGAGUGAAAGAGAGGAGGCUAUAUAUAAAUUCAAGGUGAAAAUAAGGAUCAAGUGUAAUUAUAAAAAAACUAGGAUAAAAACUGUUGAUAUUGUGGUGUAACCUGACUAUCCUUUGUAAACAAGAAAACAGGACAUGUUUUGAAAUAAUUUUCCACAAAUCUUGUGUCAUGCUCUUGCCUCCUGCUUUUUUUUCCUAGAUUUUCUUUUUCUCCUCAGUUUUUACUUUUCUUUUGGUUAGAAAGUCACUAUAGUUGACCAUUGAUAGAAAGGUUCAACUGAGAUCCCUAUAUCUUUUAGUAAAAGAAAUAGACAUUAAUGUUACUAUGGUGCCUCCCUAAUGUAACAUUUAUUAGUGAUUUUCAGUAAGGAUUAACACUAGAGGAAGGAAAACAUUUGUCUUCAUCAUUCUUUUCCCCUUUCCUCAGUCCUGAUUACACUCCUAUUUUUGGUAUUUCAGAGGAGACUUAGUAUUUUUAUAGUGUACCUCUUUAGAUGUGUCUUAGAAACGGGUGGGCAUUGCUAUUCAUGUAUUUACAGAGAAACAAGGAAACAUUUAAAUCCAGAUUGACCGCACUCCACAGAUAACAAGCAGCCUGUCAUAUUUCAAGGGAGUAAUUUAGCCCUACCCCCAACAGGAAGUAAAGAAUGUUUCUGCCCUUCGUCAUUUUACAUGAGAGAGAAGUGCUUUCCUUCUCCUUGGACUUUAAAAGGUUUGUUUAUAUUUCUACAUCUAGUACUUGGGAAAAGACAAACACUAAACUUUGUUUAUAUUUUUGAGUCUAGGGACACUGAAAAGCAAAUAACUACUUACUGCAUUUUUAAAAAUUCAGUGUUUUCAUCCCACAAAUUAUAAAUCUCCAGCUAGAUGAGUAAAACAUCCUAACAAGUUCAUGUACUUUCCCCAUCUUAGUGUAGAAUUAACUAGGGAAAUGUGGAAAUGGAAUUUUAAAGAUGGGAGAGGCUGGAUAAUGUUACAAGACCUCUUUGUCUUAGAAUAAACUUGGUUUUCAGAGAAAGCAGCUUAAGCCAGGUAUACAUUCUGGUUUGGAAGUUUUCUGUAGCAUAUUUGGUAUAUUUAUUUGGGCUCACCCUGUGUUCUGUGAUCAUUAUGAGUCAGGCCAUUCAUCUUCCUAAUGCUUAUCUGGCCUUAAACAGCUGUUCUUUGUUUCUUUGACCCUCUCAAGCUUUUGUCCUGUAGCUGUCCCCACAAAAAUGCAUGAUAUUAUGACCUUCCGUGUGGAAUGGGACAUAUAGUAUAGCAAAGCAAAGGAAAUAUACAUUGGGUCCUGAGACAGUGAAAAGGAGAGAAAGAAAGAAUGGGGGGAUUAUACUUGACUUUCAGAAUUGAUUUUUUUUUCAAAAAAUGAAGUGGGAUUUUUUCAUUCUCAAAUACAGGAAUGUGAAUUCUUUCUGCUGUUCUUGUUUAAGCUAAAUCUAGUGUUUACUUGAAAAGGCUCUCUGACCUUUUGAUUUUAUCAGAAAUGUUGAGAUGUCAGCAAAGUGGCUUCCUGAAUAAAGGGGCAGGGUGACUGUCCCCAAAAACAUGAUGCCUGACACAUGAAAGACGUUGUACAGUUCAAACGUGAACUUGUUUUUGUGGAAUAUUUUUGUUUUGUUUUUGCCACAAAAUACGCAGUGCAUUUGUUUCAGGAUGGAAGGAUUUGUAUGAGACUGUCAGUUACUAAUUUUAUGAAAAUCUAUCUACAAGCAGCAAAUUAAAAUGACAGUGUAUAUAUGUGAUAUAAUGAAAAGACAAUUCUGGUAUUCAUAAACAUGAAACGAGGAGGUUUUAUUCUUUCUGUGUCUGUGAUUUAAAACUCUGUGACCCUGCUCUGACUUGUAUUUCACCUGAGUUCAAAAAAAAAUAAACAACAUAUUUUUUAAAGAAAGCAUAACAUAGUGUGUCUUAGCAAGGGCAUGGAUUCAUAUGGAAGCAGAAUAUAAGUUGUUGCUAAGGUCUUUGGUGCUCAUUGUAAAAUCACAGACAAAGAAUUUUAGUGAACACACUAGUAUCAUUUAAAGUUUAGUUAUACAGUAUCAGGAAUAGGGCCCUUAAGUAUUUUAUAAGAGUUCAUUGUUCAGCCAGUUUAAAUGAAAGCCCUACCUACUCCUCUGCCUUCCCAAGAGUUGAGGUGAACAGAAUAUGGUUUAAUUGGAGGGAGGUGAGCAGAGAGUAGGACUUUUACUCUUUCCAGUAUCAGGAACACACUUUGUAAUAACACAUGGUACAACAAACCUAUCUAGAUAAUGUGAAUUAGCUAAACUUUCUAAUUGCAGAGUAUUCACAAUCUUGAAGUUACCUGUUCAUGCAGUAAAGCUUUAGCUGUUACUCUUAAGCCGCUGUAAAUUACUGCUUUCCUCCUUCUCCCUCCCUCUUUUUUAACUGAUGCGGGUGCCUGUUAAGAGUAAAAUUAGAUACAUUGGGUUGAUAUUUUCAUGUGUUCGGUGUGGAAAACAAGACAAGUACAUGCUUUAGAGGCAACAACAAUGAAAGCCUUUUGAAUUGUGUGUUAAUAUCAUUUAAUAAAAAUAAGUAGUUCUAAAGGUUUGACAUUUUUCUUUGAGAUUGGGGCUUGGACCAAGGGCCCUUGGCCUCACUGGUGAAUGCAAACAGGAGGGAACUUCUCCAGAAGCUGAAACUGCUGCUUUGUAAUGAGACCUUGGUUGGAAAACCUAACUUUUCUCCAGCAAACAUCCAACAUGACUGUCCAGAGCUGAAGGCGAAACCAGCUAAAGAAUGCAAAGAGAAAAGCCUGGAUCUGUCUCUGAAGAUGCAGUUGUACUGCCUAUUGGUUUAAAUGUAUAUGGGGAAGUAGGUGAGAGUGGCACACACAUAGAUGCCACCAACCACCUAUCUUGUCCCUUCCUCGGGACCACUUGCACUUUACUCUUUUCCAGCCAUUUCUUUUUUUUUUUUUUUUAACUUUGUCCCUAAUAUUUUGUUUUCCAGUUUAAUAAAAUAUGGUUUUCUUUGUUGUGUGGUUGACUCUUAA